UAAUUCGGUGAUUGCUAAACGUAUUGUGACCGGUGUUCAGAAAAAGUAAUAUUAUUGUAGUGCUGUUCAUUUCGUUUUUAUUUUUCUCUACGUUGUUGAGUAUCAAGUAUAUUUAACAAUUAUGUCGGACACUGUUGGAAAGGUAAUUAAAUGUAAAGCUGCUGUAGCAUGGAAAGAGAAACAGCCUCUGUCUCUAGAAGAAAUCGAAGUUGCACCUCCAAAAGCUCAUGAAGUUAGAAUUAAAAUAACAGCUGUUGCUUUGUGUCAUACUGAUGCUUAUACUUUAGAUGGCUUAGAUCCAGAAGGAAUUUUUCCUUGUAUUCUUGGUCAUGAAGGCAGUGGUAUUGUUGAAAGUGUUGGAGAAGGAGUUACAGAAUUUCAACCUGGUGAUCAUGUGAUUCCAUUAUAUAUUCCGCAAUGUGGAGAUUGUAAAUUCUGUAAUUCUCCAAAGACAAAUCUUUGUAGCAAAAUUCGUACUACACAAGGCAAAGGUGUAAUGCCUGAUGGUACUUCUAGAUUUACUUGCAAGGGUCAGACUCUUGCUCAUUUCAUGGGUUGCUCUACCUUUUCUGAAUAUACUGUAGUAGCAGAUAUUUCUCUUGCCAAGGUUGAUCCUGAGGCACCACUUGAUAAAGUAUGCUUAUUGGGUUGUGGUGUGCCUACUGGAUAUGGUGCUGCUUUGAAUACUGCUAAAGUAGAGCCUGGAAGUACAUGUGCUAUAUGGGGAUUGGGUGCAGUUGGAUUGGCAGUUGCAUUUGGUUGUAAGAAAGCUGGUGCUAAACGUAUUAUUGGAGUAGAUGUGAAUUCAAGCAAAUUUGAACAUGCUAAAACUUUUGGAUGUACCGAAUUUAUUAAUCCCAAGGAUUAUAAUAAACCAAUUCAAGAAGUUUUAGUAGAAUUAACUGAUGGUGGAUUAGACUAUACUUUUGAAUGUGUUGGUAAUGUGAAUACCAUGAGAGCUGCAUUGGAAUCUUGUCAUAAAGGUUGGGGAACAUCCGUUAUAGUGGGUGUAGCUGCUGCGGGUCAAGAAAUUAGUACUCGUCCAUUUCAGCUGGUAACAGGACGUGUAUGGAAAGGAACUGCGUUUGGUGGAUGGAAAUCUAAAGAGAGCGUUCCUAAAAUGGUAAAAGAGUACAUGUCAAAGUCGUUAAUUCUUGAUGAAUUUAUUACACAUACUCUUCCAUUUGAUAAAAUUAACAAGGGAUUUGAUUUGUUACAUUCCGGCAGUUGCUUAAGAGCAGUACUGAAGUACUGA